GUUAGUUCGCAGUCAGCCAGCUGGCGGCAGCCGACGCCCCUCAUUCAAGUGAUACUUAAGUGAUCUGCGGUAACAUCCUAAACAGCGUGUAAAACCGUGACGACAGCAUUCAAGAAGAACGUGCACUUCGCCAUCGAAGCCACCCGAUCGAUCCUUCCCAAUCGUGGGGUCGACAUCCCUUGAUACCAGUCGAGCAUGGCGGAAGCGCAGAAAGCCAUCAAAGUUGGCAUCAUCGGGGGCAGUGGCCUCAGUAACCCGGACAUCCUGGAAGACCGUACGGAGCACGCAGUGAGCACGCCAUUCGGAGAGCCCUCUGAUGUUCUUACAUGUGGACGGAUCGGCGAAGUGAACUGUGUGCUGUUGGCAAGGCACGGCCGCAAGCACUCGUUGAUGCCGUCCAAAGUCAACUACCGGGCCAACAUCUGGGCGCUCAAGGAGCUGGGCUGCACCCACGUCAUCGCCUUCACCGCCUGUGGCUCCCUGCGCGAGGAGAUGAAGCCGGGUGACAUCGUCAUCCUGGACCAGUUCAUCGACAGGACGACCAAGCGGGAGACGACCUUCUACGACGGCAGCAAGGAUUCUCCCGAAGGCGUCUGCCACAUCUCGACUGCAUUUCCUUUCCACGGGGGGCUUCGCGAGGUUCUCAUCAAGACUGCGCGAUCCCUAAACAUCCCACAUCACGAAACAGGCACGGUGGUGACCAUCGAGGGCCCGCGUUUCUCGACUCGCGUCGAGAGCUGCCUCUUCCGCUCCUGGAAUGGUCACGUGAUCAACAUGACCACCGUGCCCGAGGUCAUACUGGCCAAGGAGGCUGGCCUGCUGUAUGCUUCUAUUGCCCUGGUGACGGACUAUGACAGCUGGCGGCUGGACGUACAACACGUGGACGUGGAAGCUGUGCUGGAGACGAUGCGGCAGAACAGCAGCGUAGCCAUAAAAGUCCUGCGUGCUGUUCUCCCCAGGGUCGCUGCCAUCGAUUGGAGUGCUGCAAUAAAGGAGGCAAAGGAUGUCGUUGCACAGGCAAUACCUAAACAUGUGCUACCACUGUGACGACCGCAGGGCUAAUUGGUACCCUGCUCGACAAAUAAAAUAGAUUAACUGAGCCCGAGUGCAGUGGAAACCGGCCAAGUGUACCACAGGCAUCCAAGUCUGUGCGCUUGUCAUUCACUGCAUAUCUACAGCAGGCCUUUUGCGGUUCAAUUCCAUGAAUUUGAUCUUGACGAAUUCGAUGGUAUAAAUCAAAUCAUCCAGCUGGUAAACUUAAAAGGCAUAGGAAAAGGAUGUCUGAAUAAGUGGUGUAGUAUUUACCUGGUUUGAAAUUUACCAAAUUUUGAAAUCGCAGCUUCCUUUGCCUACCCCCCCCCCCCC